AUGGUCAACAUCACAGCCCUACUCUCAUCGCUCAUAACAGCGAACCACAUCCUCUCCUACCACAACGUCCUCGAUCCCUUUGGCCAUGUCAGCGUUCGUAAUCCAAACACCAAUACAACAUUCUUCAUCGCGCUGCAGAUCGGUCCAGCAACAGUGUCCAGUCCCGCCGACAUAGGCGAAUACCUCAUCUCGGAUGGCACACCGGUCAACGGCACAGUCGGCGGCUAUGCAGAACGCUACAUCCAUAGCGAGAUUUUGAAACGUUAUCCGGAUGUCAACGCAGUUGUGCACAGUCACUCCGAGGAUGUCCUUCCAUACACUGUUAUCGAUACAUCAUUUGAGCCAGUGUACCAUAUGGCCGGCUUUCUUGGUGAGAGCGUGCCGAACUUCGACAUUGAAACAGUGUACGAAGAGGGGGACCCGAGAGAUAUGUUGGUAAACAGUCCGCGGCUAGGCGCCGCUUUAGCAGAGAACUUCGGUGUUAACGAAACGAGGCCCACAUCUCCUUUGCAUACAACGGUCCUGCAGCGGGGACAUGGCUUCGUUACAACAGCGGAAAGCGUGGAACAGGUCACUGAUUUCGCGUAUUAUGCAGCGAGUAAUGCUAGGGUGCAGACGAAAGCAUUGUUGUUGGCGAAUGUGGGGAGAGGUGGUGGCGGAGUUGAAGGGGUCAAGUAUUUGAGUGGCCAGGAGAGGAAGGCGACGAAUGAGAUGAACCGGUGGAUUGUGUUCAAGCCUUGGGCGCAGUGGGUGAGGGAGGUGGAACGGAGUGGGAUGUUUGUGAAUGAGCUGGGGACGCCGCCUAUGCCGGAUCGGUAG